CCAAACACACCAGUCAAUGUCACAGCAUCGUUGGGAGCUUGAUCAAGCUUGAAGAUGUCCUCACCCGAUAUGCUGCUUCCGAGCGAACCAAACCUAAACGAAUGGCAACCCAUCACACUCACGCUGGUAGAAUAUCCUAAAGGUGAUCUGGUCGGUAAGCUACUAGCCUGGAUUAGCCUAGCGCCGCUCGGUAUCGGUGCCGGCUUUGUGGCAUUAAUACUGUUCCGGCGGGAUCUGCACACCAUCGUGUUCUUUCUCGGGACACUGGUAAAUGAGUGUCUAAACAUCCUGCUAAAGCACUGGAUAAAAGAACCGCGACCGAUGUCGCGGGCCCAAAUAUGGACUGAGUAUGGUAUGCCUUCGUCGCACUCACAGUUUAUGUGCUUUUUUGCCACAUACGUACUACUGUUCAUCUUUAUAAGACUGCAUCACAUAAACAAUAGUAAUAGCGCAAGGUUCGAGCGACUUGUACGGCUGCUGGUGCUUGCCAUCUGCUGGGCGGCAGCAUUUCUCGUCUGUUUCGGCAGGAUCUAUCUGAUGUACCACACACUGUCCCAGGUGUUGGUUGGCGCACUCGUUGGUACGGUGAUGGGUGCGCUAUGGUUCCUGCUGACACACUUCAUACUCACGCCCUACUUCCCGAUGGUGGUACUGUGGCGCGUGUCGGAACUGUUCCUUCUACGAGAUACCACACUCAUACCGAACAUCCUGUGGUUCGAGUACACGGUAACGCGGCACGAAGCGCGGGCCCGAUCGCGGAAGCUGGUGAGCAUGAAAUCUCAGUGACGUUUUUGGUCACCUUGACGACGAUACUCGUACAUCAAAUAGCAU